CCAGAGACCGCAGUUAGAGAGCGCAGCGGCGGAGAAAGAUCCAGCUAGAGGAGGGGACACAGACACGGAGGAGCAACACAGACUCUGCUGCCGGGGACAACCGUGACACCGCCUGUGAACAGCGCGGAAACACACCGGGGUCGGCGUUUUCAUCCCAUGUAUUUUUAGAAGCAGCCUGCUGCAGUCGACUCAGGCUGUUGUUCUUCCUACCUUCUUGAAAGGCUAAAGAAAAUAUAUCGCAGGACAGCUAAAACGUUUCCUUGCUCCUUUCCAGCGUGAUCACCAUGACAGCUGAAGAAACCAUUAAUGUGAAGGAGGUGGAGAUCAUCAAGGUGGUCCUGGACUUUCUCCACUCCAGGAAGCUGCACAUCAGCAUGCUCGCCUUGGAGAAGGAGAGCGGCGUCAUCAAUGGACUCUACUCGGACGACAUGUUGUUCCUCAGGCAGCUGAUCCUUGAUGGCCAGUGGGAUGAGGUCCUGCAGUUCAUUCAGCCCCUUGAGUGCAUGGAUAAGUUUGACAGAAAAAGGUUUCGUUACAUCAUCCUGAAGCAGAAGUUUCUGGAGGCUCUGUGUGUGAAUAAUGCCAUGUCUGCAGAAGACGAGCCACAGCAUCUGGAGUUCACCAUGCAGGAAGCGGUGAAGUGCCUCCACGCUCUGGAAGAGUUCUGCCCGUCUAAAGACGACUACAGCAAACUGUGUCUGCUGCUGACGCUGCCUCGCCUCACAAACCAUGCUGAGUUCAAGGACUGGAAUCCCAGCACAGCCAGAGUGCAGUGCUUUGAGGAGGCCUGUAACAUGGUGGCAGAGUUUAUCCCUGCAGACAGGAAACUGAGUGAAGCUGGUUUUAAGGCCAGCGGGGAUCGACUUUUUCAGCUGCUCCUCAAAGGAGUCCUGUAUGAAUGCUGUGUGGAGUUCUGCCAGAGCAAGGCGACAGGUGAGGAGAUAACAGAGAGUGAGGUCCUUCUGGGUGUCGACAUGCUGUGCGGUAAUGGCUGUGAUGAUCUGGACCUGUCGCUGCUCUCCUGGAUGCAGAACCUCUCCCACAGCGUCUUCACCUGCGCCUUCGAACAAAAGCAGCUCAACAUCCACGUCGACCGCUUGGUCAAGCCGGCUAAGACCGGCUACGCCGACCUUCUUACACCGCUCAUCAGCAAGCUCUCCCCGUACCCUUCCUCUCCACUUCGGCGACCUCAGUCCGCAGACACCUACAUGUCACGGUCCUUAAACCCAGCGUUGGACGGGUUGUCCUAUGGCUUGUCGGGCCAGGAUAAAAGGGCGAGUGGCGGGGAGAUAGUGACAGGAAAAGGGGUCUCUCCAAUGUCUCACUCAUUUGCAAACUUUCACUAUCCGGGAGCAGGUGGACAGAACCUGACCAGGAGCCUCAUGAUGGAAAGCUCUGACUGCCACAGCAUCUUUGAGGAAUCCCCUGAAACAUCCAGAACCGACACGCCUGUAGAUAAGAUGUUGAGCUCGGGUGGAGUUCAGAAUACACGGCCCGCUUCGGCUCCAGGCGAGGAUGCACCGACAGCUGGACCCACUGACAGGAAUGAGUUACGUGACUCGACUGAGAAGUACGAGGAGUUUUACCGGCAGCGGCUUCGUGUGCAGCAGCACCUGGAGCAGAAGCAGCAGCAAAGGCAAAUGUACCAGCAGAUGCUGCUGGAGGGAGGGGUCCAGCAGGACCCCCCACCCAGCGACAUGCAGCACAGCCUCACAGAGAAGUUCCUGAACAGGUCCAUUCAGAAGCUAGAGGAGCUCAAUGUGGGGAUGGAGAACCUGGGAGAGGAGGUGAAAUCUCUGACCCAGCAGUGCAACGGGAACGGGAACACGCCCGCCUCCGAGGACAACAACAACCCUCCAUCUGUGACCCCGGAGCAGGACCGGAGCCUAGGGGGAGGGGUGGUCAGCAGCACCCCUCAGCGCAGCGUAGGGGGCAGUGCCGUCCCACCUCCAAAUGAGUCUCCUGUGGUGUCAAGUGGGCAGAAACCGAAAAGUCAUCAGAGCGACUCUCCUGGCUGUUUAUCCCGCAGUAAAGAGGGGGAUAAACCACAAAGCCUGUUUGUACCGGUACACACGCUGGAGGACACUCAGGCUGUCCGAGCUGUUGCCUUCCACCCGUCUGGUGCUCUGUACGCCGUGGGAUCCAACUCUAAAACGCUGCGGGUGUGCGCUUAUCCAGAAAAACUGAACUCCAGUGGUUCAAGUCCAACAAAGCAGCCGCCGGUUCGCUUCAAGAGGAACAAACACCACAAAGGCUCCAUCUAUUGUGUAGCCUGGAGUCACUGCGGACAGCUGCUGGCUACAGGCUCCAACGACAAAUACGUCAAGGUCCUGCCUUUCAGCGCAGAGACAUGCAACGCCACAGGACCGGACUUGGAGUUUAGCAUGCAUGAUGGUACCAUCAGAGACCUGGCCUUCAUGGAGGGCCCAGAAAGCGGAGGGGCCAUCCUGAUCAGCGCCGGAGCAGGAGACUGUAACAUCUACACUACGGACUGCCAGAGGGGACAAGGGCUGCACGCGCUCAGUGGACACACAGGUCACAUCCUGUCUCUGUACACUUGGGGAGGCUGGAUGAUCGCUUCGGGCUCUCAGGAUAAGACGGUGCGGUUCUGGGAUCUCAGGGUGCCCAGCUGUGUGAGAGUAGUGGGAACCGCUUUCCAUGGCUCAGGCAGCCCUGUCGCCUCUGUAGCGGUCGAUCCAAGUGGCCGUCUCCUAGCGACAGGACAGGAAGACAGUGCAUGCAUGCUGUAUGACAUCAGAGGAGGACGGAUCGUCCAGGUGUACCGGCCACACACAAGCGAUGUCCGAUCCGUAAGAUUUUCCCCUGGAGCACAUUACCUGCUUACUGGUUCCUAUGACACAAAGGUCAUAGUCACCAACCUUCAAGGUGACCUGACCAAACAGCUGCCCCAGACUGUAGUGGGAGAGCACGGUGACAAGGUGAUUCAGUGUCGAUGGCACACACAGGACCUGUCCUUCCUCUCCUCUUCUGCUGACCGCACCGUCACUUUGUGGACACACAACCCGUAAUACAAGCAAGAUGUAAACAAUGAGCACCAAAACAAUGAUUCUCUCUUCCUUUAUGAAUAGUCAUAUCCCUUCAACAUGCUCCCACAGACAGCUAAAUGAACCUUUCCGUUCAUCUUGUAAAUCAAGUGGGUAAAAACGCGGGGCACAUCAGAAGCACAUGUUGCAUGUUCCUUAUUAUCAUUGGGUUAAAAUAUUUGGUUAUUUAUUUUUCUUCCUUUUAUUCCUGAACCAUGUGAGACAUCCUCUAUCUUCACUCUUUGCAUACACAAAGUUCCCUUCUGCACGUCGUUGUCAUUGAAGAGUUGUUUGGGUUUAACGUCCAUGAUGGUGCCUUUUCAGUCUCCAUGACAAAAACAACACUAUGGCCGUUUUAAAAUCUUAUUUUAAAGAAUUUGUACAUUCCUUGCUUUUGCAUAUUGUUUCCUAACAGCCGCCGUGAUGCUGCUAUUGCUGAGGUAGAGAAAAACUGAUCGUAACGUAGGUAAUAUUUUGGUGUUGGUCACGAGCUUUUUCUGUCUGAUUCUGCAGAUAUUAUCGUAAAUCUGUUGAAUCGCUCAUCUGUUCCUCUCCUUUGGGAUAUCCAACAUCUCUAUCGAAAGGAAUUGCUGCAGCCCAGAAUGUGUAAAUUACCUGGCGAGUUGGUUUUUAAUUUGGAACCAGUGUUUGUUGUUGUUUUGUUUUUUUUAAGCUAGCGCUUUAGCUAAUGUCUAGCAGUGGCUUGCUUGCAAAAAGGACCUUUUAAUAUUUCAGCAUUGAGGAAAUGUACAGUAUUCACGUUUCAGCUGCACAUUCAUGUUUUCAGUGGGAAGCGCUGGUUUGUCUGCUGCUGUUGUAGUGCGUUACAAGUAGGUGUCAGUCUUAGUCUAACUUUAUGCACAAUGAGGUCUGGAUGGAAGCACGGGUGUUUUCAUAUUUAUUUAGAAACUUUAUUUGGGGCAUACGCAUUGUUUUUAUAUCUGUUUUCAUUAACCCUGUCUUUUAGCAGUCAGAUUUACUUAAAAAUAUGCAUAUUUAAGUUUUUUUUGUUAUUAUAGAGUAUAUUGUUUUCAGAGAUGAGGCCAAACUAACACAUAGAUGUAUUUAUUUCAGUAUUUAUGUAUGUAUGUAUGUAUGUACAGUUAUUUGUUUAUGAAAUGCUGACGGUUCUUGAAUUAAGCCUUUCUAAUUCCUGUUUUAAAAUAAGUAACUCAAAUGAACCGAAGCUCGAUGAGGUCAGAUUGCCGGUACGUUCAAUAAAGUGUCUUUUACACAAA